AUGUCUUGGAUAUUUACUGUUCUACUUUGGUUUGCACUGGCAACUUAUACAUGUGGAUUCCUUUUUGAUGAAUUUCCAAUAAGAAUGUAUCCAAGCGAGAAUAAAGAGGUUGCUGUGAAUAAAACUGUUAAUAUUUCCUGCUUUAUCUCUCCCACUCAAAAUCUUUCCUUAUUCCAAAAUGAUACUUUAGUGAAAAGUGAAAAUGCUUCUGUCAUCGAAUACAAAUUUACAAGUGACAAACCAAAUGUCUACCUCUUCAAAUGCAGGUCUAAAACAGAAUACUUUGUGAAAAUUACUUUCAGAUUUCUACCUGUAAUUGUAUCAGCUAGAGCACAAAUUUUUUCCUUAAAUGACCAAAUUUGUCAUAUGGUGGUGAAAUUCACACUGCAACAUUUUAGAAAACUUGACUACAUUAAAAUCUCAAGAUCUGAGGCUGGAAAUGAAAUGCGGAAUUGUAGUAACAACAGUGUUUGUGAAUUUGAGUGCCAAUUAUAUAAUUACUAUGUUCUUAAGGUACAGAUAAGCACAUCUGGAUUCCCUAUACACAGUGAAAAUUGGGAAUUCAUAGCAAACAAAACAUUUUAUAAACUUGCUAAACUGACGAAAUUUGAGCUAUCUGAAGUAAGAAGUGAAAGCUUAAAGCUAUCAUAUGAUGUUACAAAUCAUCAUGAUCGCAUUUUAUGUUCUUCACCUGUCACUUGCUUGUAUAGAAUAUUUUACAAUUCUGAAUGGGACGAAACUCCAAAGAAUUUUACAACCCAUGAAACAGAAAUUGUACUUGAGGAUUUAGUGCCAUACACGACAUACACCUUUGAAAUACAAGCAAAACUUAAUGAAAGUAUAUACUGGAGUGAUAAACUAAUUCUUGAAAGAAGAACUUUGCCAUCAGCUCCGUAUGCUGGACCAAAAUCAACAAAUGGAAGCUAUUUGGAAUUACCCUGUAAAGAAAACGAUAAAAGAUGUUUCAUCUUCUACUGGGCUAUGAUAGCAAAGCCAUUAAGGAAUGGUAUUUUGGAAGGUUACACCGUUCAACAAAAUGGAACAACUCUGGCUGAAACUUCAGAAAUAUUUAUCAAAAUAAAUGAUCAGCCACAGAAUAAAGAACUUUGGUUUGAAAUUCGAGCUAAAACAAAUGAUUAUCAAUACUCACCAGCGACUACUAUACACAUCCCACCAAAAGCACCUGAAAGGCCCAGAGCUGUUACUGUUGUUCAGCUGAACAACACCCACUUCAGUAUUUCUUGGGCACUCAAACAAUCUCAGGAAAACGAAACUGUCACCGUGAUGUCCUGUCUUGGAGAAAAACCUAUUUUCUGGUGUAAGUCUGAUAUGAUGUGGACAAAAAUCAAAAAUGAAAACUUUACAAUCCUGAAAGCCCCAAAAGCAACAAAUUUUGCUGCGUCGGUUAGCAGUUCUGAAGGAAGCAGUUCAUUAACUUUUGCCAAAUGCUUAUUGGGUGGAGGAAUAGCAAAAACCCCUCCAAAGCCAAUCAUUUUUAAAAGAUAUCCCUAUAAGAUGGAAUUGCAGUGGCCUUCUUUUGGUUGUAAUGAACUGAAUGGAAGACCAACUUUGUUUCAGGUUCUUUAUGCCAAAGGAAAUGAUUGUAAAAAUGGAUUUGAACUAAAUAUUCCAGCCAUUGGUAUAAAACCAGAAACUGAAAUAACAGAGAUUAAAAACUUGAAGCCUUUUACAAAUUAUUCCGUGUGCCUUAAAAUACAUACAGAAGAAGGCUGGAGUCAAAUUAGUCCUCAGUUAAAAACUUCAACUCUUGAAACUAAUCCUAGCAGUGUUAGAAAUCUUCAAGUAACCAAUAUCACCAGUGGCAGUGUGACUUUAAAAUGGGAUCCAGCAUUACAACCAAAUGGAAUUAUCAUAGAGUAUAGAAUUAUUUAUACAAAGCUUGGUGGCAGUCCAUAUACAAUAUCAAGUACUUCAAAUAUGGCAAAUGUUUCUCAUUUGAAUCCUUAUUCCAAAUACAAUUUUGCCGUGUCUUCUUGCAACAAAGUUGCUUGUUCAAUGGAGCCUCGUAACAUCAGUGCCAAAACUUUGAUUGGAGACACUGCCGUCGUUGAUUUGCAGCUGAAGAUAAUAAAUAAAAGCAUUUUGAUAAUCACCUGGAAGCCCCCAUCUUUCUUAAAGGAACCUGUAGUAUACUACAAACUUAAGAUUAUAGGCGGCAAAAAGGAGAUUACUGAAAAUGUGACUGACACAAAAUACAACAUAAGCAUUUCAUGUCAAUCAGAUCAUACUUUUGAGGCAGUUAAUGUGACAGCUGUGAUAAAAAAUGAAAGCUCUGUUAUUUAUGGAGAAUCAACAAUAUCCCAAAUCUUAUGUCCAGAAAGUGAGAAACUUUGGAUAAUUGUUCUAGUGGUGAUAUUUGGUGUUGCUUUGUUAUUCAUUAUCCUUGUGUGUCUCAUAAAUUGGAUACAUAAAAACACAAAAGAAAUUAUUACAUCUGCAAACAUUCCUGAUGUGAAAUGUGAUCACACUUACAAUGAAAUUGACAAUAUUGCAAGCUAUACAAUUAUUUCGACAACCAGGCAGAGACAAAAUCGGCAGCCAGAAACAGGGCGCCACCGUUGUAGUAACAGAUUGCAACAUGCCACUACAGUCGGCCAUUACGCACAGUGUUGCAAGUCAAAGAAGGUCCACGAGGUUCAAUAUGACGAAGACUACAGAUACAGCAGCGACGACAACCACCCUAGGGCCAUUGACAAUGGCUGA